CCUCGCUCACCCACCCGUUCAGAUUUCCCUUCUGAAAUCUUUUCCUCUCGUCGUUUUGUUUUCCCUUCACUUUCCUCUCCCUCUCCCCCUCCUCCCUCGCUCCUCGCUCCACACUCCCCGGUCUCAUCCCGGACUCGCUCUCAAAAUCGUUUCUCUUCCCAUUUCAAUAGAAGCCGUCUUCACCCCCGACGUCUCAAGUUCAUCAUCAACGCGCCGCUUCCUUCCUUCGUUUCCACCCACGAAGCCGCUUGAUGAACAUUGCCCAUCGGCUCUGUUGAUCUGUUUUCGCUUCUUGCUUUCUACUCUUUGCUUAUAGCUUUAAUCUGGCUCGAUUGCUAUCGCCUUCGAACCCCACACCAUCGCCAACGCCUUGACGGUUGCUACUCUACACGCCUCAGCUGCAUUCGCUUGACGCGGUUGCUGAGUCUCGAAUCGUUUCGCGCAGCGAUUCCAUUAUUCCGGGCUGGUCUCGAAUUUUGGUCAAUAAGCAUCAUUCCAACCAUCUUUAUUCACUCGGACUCAGGCUGCGCCUCGACCAUUUCAUUUCAAUCAACGAAACUCAGUUGCUCUCAACUGCUCAAUUCAGAACCUCUGGUUGCGAUUAUCCAGACACUUCGGCUCGCCUCGACAACCAUCUUCGGCCGUCGAGCGCCAUCAAAUAGACUGACCAACCACGGUCACGUCACGGAUUACUUUCACAACGCCACAAGAUGUAUUCGCAACACUCCGCAAUGGCGCCUCAGAAGCCCGAAACAUUCAUGUUGAGCACUGAGGCCCAGCAAGCUCUCCCUCAUGAUGCCCAGGUCGCUCUGCAGCAAGUCGACAACUUGAAGUACUUCCUGAUCUCUGCCCCUGUUGACUGGCAACCCGACCAGUACAUUCGCCGAUUCCUGCUGCCCACAGGUGAAUAUGUCUCAUGCAUUCUCUGGAACAACCUCUUCCACAUUUCUGGCACCGACAUCGUGCGAUGCUUGUCCUUCCGAUUCCAGGCUUUCGGCCGACCUGUCAAGAACUCGAAGAAAUUCGAGGAGGGUAUCUUCUCUGACUUGCGGAACCUCAAGUCUGGAACUGAUGCUUCUUUGGAGGAGCCCAAGAGCGCCUUCCUCGACUUCCUUUACAAGAACAACUGCAUCCGAACUCAGAAGAAGCAAAAAGUCUUUUACUGGUACAGCGUCCCCCAUGAUCGCCUGUUCCUUGACGCGCUGGAACGCGACCUCAAGCGAGAGAAGAUGGGCCAGGAAGCCACCACUGUUGCUGUCAGCGAACCAGCACUGUCUUUCCAGUACGACUCGUCUCAGUCGCUCUACGAGCAACUGACAAAGGCUCAACAAGCCAACUCAUCAUCCUUCAGCGCCCAGCAAUCUGCUUUCUCCCAGAGUCAGUCCACAUCUCCCGUCAUGCGAGCGAUGGACUCGAUGCCUCCUCCCCCGACAAUGAUGCCCCAGUCCAUGCCCCCUUUGGCGGAGGGGAUGGACGCAAUGGUACCUUAUGGAACGAUGGCGGUGCCUCACCCGAUGCACCAAGCUGUCCCCGUCAAGAGGGAACCUGAUUUCACCCGUGUUCAGUACAACCAGAACGGUAUCCCUAUCACAACAGGCCACCAGCGCCACGCUUCAAUGCCCGCAUAUGCUCUCGAGUACUCACCCGCCCCAUCAUUUGUCUCCUCACAGUACGAAGACUACAGCAACCGAGGAAUUUCUUUUGAACCCAUCACACCUCCGCAACAGGCGUUGGGUAUCUCUGCUGAACCUGCGUACAUCGCCAACGAGGAGACCGGCCUGUACUCCGCCAUCCCAGAUCAUAUGGCUAGCAUGAACGGACUCAAUGGCAUGGUUCAACUCCCUCCAUCCAACUUGGCUGGCCCCCAGUUCUCUCGUCCCUAUGGUACAAACAACGUCUACUCUGUGAUCGAAGGUUCGCCGACAUAUAAGCAGAGAAGACGGCGUUCAUCCAUCCCCCCAUCUAUGUCGGCGAUCGCACCCCCAACUGCCCCUUCUCACCCAGCACACUCGCAUGUUCGUCGGCCCUCAGAUCUCAGACGAUCUGUCUCCGCUUCUGUUGGUCCCGUUGCCGAAGGUGAUGAGUCUGCAGACAACUCACCUCCCGGACUAUCUUACAGCACCUCUGGCAUGUCAAUGAAUAGCCACCACCAGAACAUGUCCCGACACGGAACGCCAUUGUCUACCGUGGAAGGAAGCCCCGCCACCAAUUCUAUGGGUCUCCAUCAGGAUUUCUCUCAUCUCGCUGGUGAUGAAUACAACGGCGACGGCUCAAUGAGCGAGCAGCGACGAUCUGCACCUGCCUCCAACGGUGCUGUCCGACGUGCCCGUUCCGCUACUGUGAUGGAAGUUGGCCCUUAUCCCCAGAAGUCUCACUCUUGCCCCAUUCCUACCUGUGGCCGCCUCUUCAAGCGUUUAGAACAUCUUAAGCGACACGUUCGAACACACACACAAGAGAGACCCUAUGUUUGCCCUCACUGUAGCAAGGCCUUCUCACGAUCUGACAAUUUGGCACAACACAAGCGCACACAUGGUCGCGAAGACGGCGGGGACGGUUCACUACACAUGUCUGGUGAUGAAGAGGAGGACUUCUCCGGUGACGACCAUCUUGGCUCAUUGGAAGAGGCUUCUCCUCACUCUGACAGCGCAUACGUGACCGGCUCCCUGAACGCUGCCGCUCAUGGCUCGACUCCUCCCUCAAGCAACGCACCCACACAAUCCUUCAACAGUCUCGAAACCCUUAGCAUGCCCAUGACAAUGAGCCAACCGGCUGCUAUCAACGCUAGUGGCAUGAUGUAACGGUUGAAUUAUGUACGACUUUUGUCAUUUUAUUUGCAUACAGAUCAUGACUACAAGGGAUUUACGGCUUGAAUUUUUGGUGGCAAUUUGCAACGGUAUUUGCGUGCAACUCAGCUUGACUUUCCUAUGUUCAUAUUUUACUACAAUUUUUUUUUUUUUUUGGUUGGAAGCGCUCAUCGGUGGUCCAAAAUAUGGCUUUGAUAGACCCACGCUGUGAUAGCGGGGACAAGCUUCCGAUAAAGGCCUGUGAGCAUCAUGAAGACAGCAUUAUGUCGAGGAGUAUCAAAGGAUGCAUCUAUAUAUAAAUAGUUGCCGUUCUUUGAUGAUUGUUAGAGUAUUUAGAUAUCCUGUGUGGAAGCCAACGCUAGUGAUCGAAAGUGAUCCGAAGCUUGGCAAUUAGAAGAAAAACUUGUAUGAUUU